GCGCCGGGGCCGGACCCCGAGCCGGGAACCGAGGCCGGAGCCGGCACCGGGGCCGGGGGCUAGGAUCGGGGUUUUCUUCCGGGAGGAAGCCCGCCAGGUGUCGAGAAGGAUGACCACGCUCACGCGACAGGACCUGAACUUUGGCCAGGUGGUGGCCGACGUGCUCUGCGAGUUCCUGGAGGUGGCGGUGCACCUGAUCCUGUACGUGCGCGAGGUCUACCCGGUGGGCAUCUUCCAGAAGCGUAAGAAGUACAACGUGCCGGUCCAGAUGUCCUGCCACCCGGAGCUGAACCAGUACAUCCAGGACACACUGCACUGCGUCAAGCCGCUCCUGGAGAAGAAUGAUGUGGAGAAGGUGGUGGUGGUAAUUUUGGACAAAGAACACCGCCCAGUGGAGAAAUUUGUCUUUGAAAUCACCCAGCCGCCGUUGCUGUCCAUCAACUCAGACUCCUUGCUGUCACAUGUGGAGCAGCUGCUCCGAGCCUUCAUCCUGAAGAUCAGCGUGUGUGACGCUGUACUGGACCACAACCCCCCAGGCUGUACAUUCACAGUCUUAGUGCACACGCGAGAAGCUGCCACUCGCAACAUGGAGAAGAUCCAGGUCAUCAAGGACUUCCCCUGGAUCCUGGCAGAUGAGCAGGAUGUCCACAUGCAUGACCCCCGACUCAUACCCCUAAAAACUAUGACGUCAGACAUUUUAAAGAUGCAGCUGUACGUGGAAGAGAGAGCUCAUAAAAGCAGCUGAGGGUGUGCCUGUCCCCCUGCUGAUGCUACACCCAUCGGACUUUGGGGGGGCGCCGACCUAGGGCCGCACUGCAGGGCCACCCUGAUUCCAAGUGCUCUUAUUGCCUCUGUGUGUGGACCACCCGCCCUCCAGCUGGGGAUGCGUAGGCGUGGUCACCUCCAUGGAGGAAUUCUCCCCAGGAGGGCAGUGAAGGGUGUUGGGACCCCAAUUUCUCAGCCUCCUGGGGUUCAGCCGGCCAACACUGUCUGUCUCAAAUACUGUGCUGUGAAUUGUUUCAAUAAAGGGGCCCCAAGGGCUGAGCCAGGCUG